UCUUUAGACUUCGGAGCAGGUAGACAAAAGCCAUUUUAGAUCUGACGGUAGUUGAGUUACUCAUGUCGGAUUUACACUCAAAAAAGUGCUUCACCGAACCUAGUGCUAUCUAUACCAUUUCUUUUUAACAUAUUGUGCCGUACGGACGCAUUUGCUUACUUGUUUUUAACCAUGGAAGGAAUCUAUUCUCGAGAACUUUAUUCGAGCACGUUUCCCGAAUACAGUGAGAACUAUGCCAGUAAUAUACCAGAUGGCGAGGCAGUAAAUAUUCAUACGGAACUACAGGAAGGACAGAUGUACCUUUUCCCUAAAGAUAUAAAGGAGGAGCUGCCCGUGACCAUCAAGCAAAAAGUGUCCGCGGAAGAUGACAUGGAGUGCGCGAUUCCGGAGGAAAUGUCUGGCACCGUGUUACAGCAAGAAGAUGACUCGAAUAGUUUCAGUGAUUCUGGUAAAAAGUCUAAUUGUAGGCGAAGAAAACGUCCUAUCCCCAAGGGAAAACCCCCAUACAGUUAUAUUGCCCUGAUUAGCAUGGCAAUAUGUAAUGCCGAGGAUAGAAAAAAUACCCUACAUGACAUUUACAAAUUCAUAAUGGAGAAGUUUCCGUAUUACAGAGAUCACCCCAAUCCCAAAGGAUGGAAGGGAUCUAUUCGUCACAACUUGGCUCUCAACGAGUGUUUCAUUAAGCUUCCGCGUCGUAGUGGAAUGAAGGGUCACGACUGGGCUAUAAAUCCAGACUAUGAGGACAUGUUUGACCAUGGAAGUUUUCUCCGGCGCCGCUACAGGUUCAAAGACGGAACACGAAAGAAAUCCCGGCUCGGUUCAAACGCAGAGCCACUGAAUGUAAAUCUCCCCCACAUAGAUUACAUGAACAAUCACGAGAACUUUCCUAACAGGUCAGGAUUUAUCCGACAAUUCCAACCGAAGCCGUACAGUCAUCUGACAGAGGUCAAACAAAAUUCCGCGGCAACUCCGCUCUGGAACCCAUUUGUGGAGAGGUCACCACCCCCACCCUACCCCGACCUCAAAAGCCCACCUCCUUAUGGAAACACAAGUACAGAGUCCACCUCUCCCGCAUCGAAUGCGGACGGACACCUUAACUCCUCUGGAAAUAGCGCCUCGCCUGACACUCCUAGAGGGUCCCUUCCAACCUACAGUCACAACACUGGAUUUCCUGGAUUCUGGACCCAUGGUCAAAAUUUGGCUUCAACAUCUUCGUUUCCUUCCUUCACAUUCCCUACGACCGGAAACGAAAAUGGAGUUUAUCCAAUGAAUCUGAAUCCGGUCUGCCCACCAUCUGUGUAUUCCAAGUUCUUUAACCCAAGUCAGAAUGUACCCGACACUGCACCGUGGUCCUCCACAUGAACUGCCGCUUAGUUUUCACAGAGAGAGGUGCUAUUCAUUUUAACCUAACAGUGACAUUUUUUGCAGAGGAUAUAUUCUUUUUAAAAUUGUAAAUAUGUUUUUAAUUGAUGAAAAUAAAAGUUUAGACUUUUA